AUCAUGUGAGUACCCGGAUUAGGAAAUGACGUAAGGAAAUAUCGCCAAGUGCCGCUGUGGAUGGAAAUGAAUCGGCAAGAGCAACAAUAAAGCUCCUUUGCGAAACCAACUUAUUGGAGUUUGUUGCCAUCUGAACAAAGAAAUCAGAUACCGUUAUACGAACUGAAUAGUCGACGCUGUUUCAAACUAAGAACAUUUAUUUAAUGUGAUAAGGUUGUAGUCGCCAUUUUGAAUGCUAGGUAGAAAAUGGCGAAAAAGACAUACGACCUUUUAUUCAAAUUGCUCUUGAUCGGUGACUCUGGAGUUGGAAAGACGUGUUUGCUUUUUAGAUUUUCAGACGAUGCUUUCAACACGACAUUUAUAUCCACCAUAGGAAUUGAUUUCAAAAUCAAAACUGUGGAACUUGGUGGGAAGAAGAUUAAGCUUCAGAUAUGGGACACUGCCGGACAGGAGCGCUUCCACACCAUCACCACCUCCUACUACCGUGGGGCCAUGGGCAUCAUGCUGGUGUAUGACAUCACCAACGCAAAGACCUUUGAAAAUAUCUCAAAGUGGCUCCACAACAUCGACGAGCACGCAAAUGAGGAUGUGGAGAAGAUGAUCUUGGGUAACAAGUGUGACAUGGAGGACAAACGUCAGGUGUCGAAGGAUCGUGGUGAUGUGAUUGCCAGGGAACACAAUAUUCCAUUCUUAGAGACAAGUGCUAAAGCUAAUAUUAAUGUUGAAAAAGCUUUCAUGGAUUUAGCACAAGCAAUUUUAAACAAGACCCCAGGACGGGACUCUGAGCCUAAAGGUGUUGAUAUAAAACAUAUGGACUCAGGCAGUAAACGAUGCUGUUAGGGGGUACUUUUAUCUAAACACAAACAGUGUGUGACUUGUGGUGGUGGCGCCCGGUACCAACAGCCUGCUGCAGCUCAACAUCACCAGUCUGUCGUCUGUCUAUCUGUCUGUCUGCCUGCCUGUCUGAAUGUCCAUCAUGUCUGGGCGCCAUUCACUGAUAAUGGAUUGGGUUGGCUCCUCCUCCCUGGGAUCUGUGCAGGACAUGGCUGUGAGGUGUUGGUGACGCCAUGUUGUGUGGAGAGCCAGUUGGCCGACCUGCUUGUGUAAUGUGUACAUAUUACUGUGACUGCUUGUGUCGGAGUGAAGAUAGGACAACUGAUCUGCCAGACUCUGCCUCAACUGGAGGAGGAAGAGGAGGGGAGGUUGGCAUUGGAUUUAAUGUAACCCAGACAACCCUGUGCUUCGGUGGGGCCAUGUAUCUGGUCCACGAACUGGCUGUACAUACAUACGCGGCUGUCCUCCUGGUGGCUUCUGCUCAUUAGUGUUGCCAAGCAACUAGAUGGUUGACAUUUUAAUGUAUAUAUGGUGACCCCUGAGAUGUGAACGCCAGGGCCACUCAAGGUCAUCUCUUCCCAAGAAGCUCAUGUGUUCAGUCAACUUCUCCAAAUGAUCCUGCUUUUAGUUCAGAGCUCAUGUAUCUUGUAUUAUCAGUAGUGACUGCUCUCCCAUAUCACGCCUGCCUAUCUGCCUGUCUGCCUGCAGUGUGCUUGAAGGAUGAGUGUUGUAUGGUUCUGGCCAGUUGUAACCGUGGUAACCUGUUGUAGUUGUAAGUCAGACAUGUACAGCUUAAGUAAGUAACCAUGGUAACAUGUAUAAUGCAGUUUGGAACGACUCAACUUUAGUGAGAUUUUCUGAAGGGUGGCUGUCUUCUCAUUGAAGCAUCACUGAAAGAGGCAAUGGUGCAAGAUGUGCUGUCUGUUUCCUAUGCAGGCUGACACUUGUUACAAGUGCCCUAUGUGAAAGUCAGCUGGGUGACUAGGCGGACCAGUUCCACCAACUUAACAAUUAAACAAAGUGGUAAAUCUUCAGUUCAGUUUGGUCAAGCCUCUUUACACUGAUAGGACCUUUGUUAGGUGACACAAUAAUUUUGAAUUCACUGUGGUCAUAUUUGCAGCGUUUGUGAUAUGACAUGAUGAUAUUCAAAAAAGAAAUCGGAUAUGACUGCCACAUGAGUUGGAUAUGACCGUCAUGGUUGCCAUGCUUGAUGUGACAGGCCACCUCUGAGUAACACAGUGUGUUAGUACUUGUCGCAUCCACUGUAAAGUUAGGUCCACAGGAUGUCUUUAAUGAAAUUAAACUAGGACAAGUGCCGUACCAUGACAAGGUAUCCCAACAAGUUACAUCAGAUAUUAACACUGGCUGAGUGGUUGUUCCAGUAGAACCAACUUGUGUUUUUACUGCACAGGAUGUGUCAAAUGUUAUUGGGUGGGGUCUCAAUAGCAUGGUUAGACAUUGAUGAAACAUUCACAGGGUAAUCUGAUCUUUCCUGGGUCAAUGGCUGCCUCGUGGAUAUGCUGUAGAUGUCUAAGGACUGGCCAUUGCCUGGUGACUCUCUGCAGAUACAAAAACAUGCUAGUCACAAAAUCUCAUGAUGGUGAUGAAUUUAUAACUUGACAAUUGGGACAGUUUUAAGUUAUGGAUUUGACAGUGGUAGUGACAUGGAAGAUUGCCUUUCCAUGGAGUGUCUCUUCAAGCAUGUAUAGAUAUUUUAUUGGUUAUAAGAAAGGUCCAGUGGGAAGUUAGUGUUCUAUAAAUGACUCUUGAGUUUAUGUAAUCAAAGAUUGACUUGGCAUUGGUUGUGGCAUACAGAAAAAAGGGGUUUUGGAUUUAUUCUCUUUCUUUGUGAAAGAGGAUAUUCCAAGGACAAAGACUGGAAUUUCAGAAUUAGGGAAUAAUUAUUAAUCACAAGUGACUUAAUCCCGGCUUCAACAUUUUCGCCUUUUAAGAAGGGGACAAAACAAUUUGACAUGUGAUGGUGACAAAACAGUAUGUUUUGAUUUAAAGCGUCUUGGUACUUCAGAGGUUUUUCGAUGAUCCUUACUGGAGACUUAAAUCCAAUUUUGAAAAAUUUGGACAUUUUGACUGGAGAUGGCUUUAGACCAUUUGUAUAUCAUGUGUCAGUUAUGCUCUUUGGGGGGCAAUACCACAUGAAAUGUCCUCAGUAUUUGCAUAAGAGUGAUCUGUUUUGUCUGUAAGGUGAUUUUCAUUGUGGCACAGACUACAGGGAAGAAGGGAUGAUUGGUUACAUCCCCAUUGACAGCUGCAGCAGUAUUUGUCAACAACAGUAUAUGUUUACUGAUAAAACAAAAUGCCUCUGGUUUUCCUGUGGCAAAGGCCUAACCUGUAAAAUUGAUGAAAAUAUUAACAAGCACUCCUGCCUUCAGACUGUCCCAACCAGGUGUGGGCCAAGGUUACAAAUCUUGUGGUGUUAUAACAUUCGGGUGUGUGAGAUGUUAUAACAUAGAGGUUGCUGUAUAACAUGAAUUACGGCAUGUGUUAUAACAUACUUAUUGGAAAGGUAUACAAUAGUAUGGCAUGAUGUAAAGGACUGGUAUGCUGUUUUUUAACGGUAUGUCUUAUGUUAAGAUAGGACUUAUUUAUUUUCAAUAUGGAAUCCUGGCAUAAAUACACAAUGUUGCACCGAUGGGUUUUGUCUCACUUGCUCUCUUUCUCAGAUAUGUUUCUUCAAUAGCCGGACAUUCUGACAGGAUACUUCACAGAAAACCACACUUACUCAAUAUAUUGCACUUUUAUUUGUAAAAAAAUAAAUCAACAUAAUAUUUUUUGAUUGAAGAGCUGUUAGGAAGUGUAUAGGAACAAACUGUGUUAUGUGAGGUUGUCUGCCCCUGUAUACCGGCAACGUGAUACUUGGUGGCAGCACCAUGUCCGCCACAUGCCUCUUCCAGAAUAAACGCAUUUCACAGAA